AUGUCGGCCAAACAAUCCCAGCCGUCACAAUCCAUCUCUGUGCAGCAGCUGACUUAUCCUAUCCUCACUCCCGUAGCUUUCCUCUUCCUCCCACCCCGAUCCCUUCCUCUUUCCCCAACGCUGCUCUCCUGUUCUGCUCUACUCAAGCUCCAAUCCUCUCCUACAGUCCACCACCACCGUGCUCUAUAUCCCCCAUCGUGCCGUAGCUUCCCUUCACCGCCGCGCCUCACCCACCCAACUCCUCCACCUCUCACGCUCAUCUCGACUCCAUCGCCGUUCCCCUUCUACUCCCGUCGCGUCCCUGCCGUCUCCACCCCGUCCGCGGUCUCGGGCAUCGUUUCUUUCGUGGAGUUGGCUAACGGGAGGAGGGAGAUGAGCCGUGGGAAGUCUCCGGAGCCGCUUGAUUUCUUCAUAUGGACUGUCGAGGAUGUCGGCUUGUGGCUUGAAGAGAUAAAUCUUGGUGGCUACAGACAAGUUUUUGAAGAAAAUAGUGUCAAUGGAGAGUAUCUAGAGAGCUUGUCGAUGUUUACUACCGAGCAGAUUCUGCGGUUUAUCAGGCGGUGCCAUAUGAAAUGGGGAGACUUUAUCACAUUGUGCAAAGAGUUGAGGCGCAUUAAAGUUGCCUGCCUGAAAGGGGAGCAAGAAGUCCGGAGGCCAUGGUGGGCACCAUCGUGCCUAUCCGUGGUGUUUGUGAGGGCGGCAAAGCGGAACCGACAGUCCCGAGUUGUCUCCCUGAAGCUGGAACCUUGA